UGACUUCAAGCCACAACUUGUUCAUAACCAUGAUUAAAAACGACCCAAUUUUGAAAACCACAUUAUCGUUGUGAAAAAACAAAACCCAAUAGGAGAAAUUCGUUCUGUGAAUUGCGAAAAUGGCAACCGCAAAUAUGCUCUGGAAAUCCGCUAAGAUUCUUAGUAUUCCUGUUCCAAUAGCGAGCAACGGUAGAUGGGGAAGGAUUGGCUGUACAUUUCGAAUUCACCAAUUCGAGGGCUCUUUCUUCUCCAACUCACUGCGUUCCAAUUGCAGCUCUAGCAGCGCAAAUUCAGUAUGGAAAGGAAAAGAGUAUUUGGUUUUGUCCGACGAAGAGCUGAUGAGACAGUGCGAAAUGGACACGUUUAAGGCCUCAGGUCCCGGUGGUCAGCACCGCAACAAGCGCGAGUCCGCUGUCCGUUUGAAGCACAUUCCCACUGGUAUCACUGCUCAGGCUGUCGAGGAUCGAUCACAGCAUAAGAAUCGAGCGAGUGCUUUAGCUCGCCUACGCGCUCAAUUGGCCCUAAAAGUCAGGAACCCUGUGGAUCUUGAAGAUUAUUCGCCUCCGCCAGAGCUUCUCCAAAUUCUCCCUCUGAAGUCCACUAUCAGGCCACCGGGAUGUGGCCCUCAAAUUGGUCCUAACAAUUCUAAAUUUCUUCCGGGCAUGCAAGCUUUAUUGGAUCUAAUUUACACACUUGAUGGUUCUAUAUCAGACACAGCUAAGUAUAUAGGGUUAACCACUGGUGCUGUAUCAAGGUUAAUCCUAUCCGACGAUUCUCUUAGAAUGGCUGUAAAUGAUAUCAGGAUAUCCAAGGGUAUGAAGCCACUGAAGUAGAAAAGGGGAAGCUCAAGGACUGUAUCGGGUGGUGGGUACUCCAUGAAGCAACUUCAUUUCCGGAGAUUCAUCUUUGAGUUGAGUUAAAAAGAUGUAAGUUUGUUGUAUUUAUAUUGAUAGGUUAGAUGUGAUUUGAUGAUAAAUGAGGAAAUAUGAAAUUUUUAUGAGAGGACAAAGAUGAUGGUGUGUAUGUAAUUAAAGCAUCAAUCAAGCUGCCGAAACACAUUCCUAUUACUACACACUAUCUUAAAGUGUGGAGAAAACUCCUGUUUCUUGCAAA